AUGGAUAAUACAAGUCAGAUCCUUGCUGGAGACUUCUGUUUCCCGGCCAUGGAGGAUCAGACCAACGAAACGUCACACUCCGUCGUGCUAAUGGCAAGAGUCGUCGUUUCCGCCUGCAAUAUCAUUUUUUCGAUCACUGCUGCUUUAGGCAAUAUUCUCAUUUUUAUUGCUUUCCACAAGGAAUCUUCCCUCCAUCCGCCCUCGAAGCUCUUGUUUCGAUGUCUCGCUGCCACAGAUCUCUGCGUCGGCGUCAUUGCACAGCCGACGUUUGUCCUUUACCAACUAUCGUUAGUCGCCAGGCGUUUGGACGUUUGUUAUAUCGCCGCAUCUCUAUCGUAUAUUGCAACCACGAUCCUCUGUGGAGUGUCAUUGGCUACAAUGACCGCAAUAAGCGUGGACCGACUUUUCGCCUUGCUGUUGAAGAUGAGGUACAGACAAGUUGUAACUCUCAAGCGUGUUGGUCUGGCCGUCGUCUUCUUUUGGUUCCAGAGCAUUGCAGUCAGCAUGUUGGUAUUUGGAGACAGGCUUGUCUACCUCAGUUUAAGUUGUGCGUUAACAUUACUGAGCGUGGUGACUCCAACAUUUUGUUACCUGAAAAUUUUUUUCACACUUCGUCAGCAGAGGACACCGGUUUAUGUACAAGCCGUCUCCCUGUCCGAUCAAGGGCAGCCGAAGAAUCAAAAUAAUUCCCAAACCGGUACCACAUACAAGAGGACUGUAUCCAGUGCCUUGGUGUUCCAUCUUGUUCUUAUUUCAUGUUAUCUUCCUUACGCUGUAGUAAGAGUUACGGUGGCCAUAGUGGGAAGGAGGUUGUUAGUCUCAGAAGCCGUUGUGGCGUCCGUGGUGUAUCUUAAUUCGUCUUUAAAUCCGAUUUUUUACUGCUGGAAAAUAAAAGAAAUCAGACACGAAGUAAAGAAGGUCGUCCGACAAGCUUUUUGCCCACAACAAUGA